UUAAAUUGCACAGAUCUUCGGCCUUUGCCAUGUGAAACGUGCAGGCAGUUCUGAGGCACGGUGUUUCAUCUCUCAUGCACUCUGUAGGGCAGCGCUUGUGAUGCUGCCAAGAAGCGCUGCGCCGUGUGAGAAAUCAAAGCGCAGGCGUGGAGUCGGGAGGGAGCCUAUCUUGCGCAGACUGGGUACUGUACAUGGCCAUUGAUGCUGCUGGAUAGAUGUAGCCCCCUGAUGUAAAUAAGAAUGGCGAGGGCAGCGGGUCUAACAUGCCGCGUUUUCUCUGCUUGACAUCGGAGCAUUUUAUGUCGCCUUCGGGAUUUUACAAAGCGCGUGGCCCUAUUUUUCCUCGUUUCCAUCUGAAUCCUGCCUUGACAGCUCGCCUGAUGAUUUUCAUUUGACACAAGAGCCAAAGCAGACGGGCGGCUUCUUCUAAUAAACACUCGGGAAAAACAGGUCAUUAUGACCUUAGAAUCCUCCAGGACAAGAACACCAUCGGAUUGCUUUCACGCGGCAGCUGUCUGCUUGCAUCUUUUGCUUUGGAUUUCGUGUGCCGUGUCCGGUGAGGAGGAUCAUCAUCAGUUCAGCGUUGAGGCAUGGCUACAGAGGUAUGGCUACCUUCCCCACACAGAACCGGGAAUGUCCGUCCUGCGCUCUGCCCACACCAUGCACUCAGCCAUUGCUGCCAUGCAGCGGGUCUAUGGCCUCAAUGUCACAGGGACACUGGAUGAGAGAACCAAGGAUGAUAUCACGCUGAGUUGGAUGCAGAAGCCUCGUUGUGGAGUUCCUGACAAAAUUAAAAGUGCUUCGAGGUCGCGGAAGCGGAGAUACGCGCUGACAGGACAGAAAUGGCAGCGUACACACAUCACCUACAGCAUCAAAAAUGUCACGCCAAAGGUGGGUGCUCGAGAGACCCAUGAUGCCAUCCGGCGGGCAUUUGACGUGUGGCAGGGUGUGACUCCCCUCCGCUUUGAGGCCGUUCCAUACAGCGCCCUGGAGACUGGCAGGCGCGACGUGGACAUCACCAUCAUCUUCGCUUCAGGUUUUCACGGCGACAGCUCGCCAUUCGAUGGGGAGGGCGGGUUCCUCGCCCACGCCUAUUUUCCCGGCCCAGGCAUCGGAGGGGACACGCACUUUGACUCAGACGAGCCCUGGACCCUCGGGAACCCCAACCAUGAUGGGAACGACCUGUUCUUGGUUGCUGUGCACGAGCUUGGCCACGCCCUCGGUCUGGAACAUUCGAACGACCCGACUGCUAUCAUGGCUCCUUUCUACCAAUACAUGGACACAGAGAACUUCAAACUACCUCACGAUGACCUACAGGGCAUCCAGAAAAUCUACGGUAACGGUCCACCAGAUAGAGCACCACAGCCUACCAGGCCCCCGCCCACAGUCCCUCCACCUCGCUUCCACCCUCCCUCAGACCCUCGUAAACAUGACCGCCACGCCAGACCCCAUCGCCCUCCUCAGGGGGCCAAGCCCUCCAACCCCAACUCCAAACCCAACAUCUGCGACGGAGGCUUCAACACCCUGGCCAUCCUCCGACAGGAGCUUUUUGUGUUCAAGGACCAGUGGUUUUGGAGGGUGCGGGACAACUCAGUAGUUCCAGGCUACCCCAUGCAGAUCAACUACUUCUGGAAAGGCUUGCCUCCCAAAAUCGAUGCCGUGUAUGAAAACAGUGAAGGGAAGUUCGUCUUUUUUAAAGGAAACCGUUUCUGGGUCUUCAAGGACACAACUCUCCAGCCUUCGUACCCUCAGGACAUCUCGCUCUUCGGGAGCGGCAUGCCCACUCAGAGUAUCGAGACAGCUGUCUGGUGGGAGGAUGUCGCCAAAACCUACUUCUUCAAAGGAGACAGAUACUGGAGGUACAAUGAAGACAUGAGGACCAUGGAUCCAGGUUAUCCCAAACCAAUCACCAUCUGGAAGGGCAUCCCUGACUCUCCACAGGGGGCUUUUGUGGAUAAAGCUAACGCAGGUUUUACGUACUUCUACAAGGGAAAGGAGUACUGGAAGUUCAACAACCAGCUGCUUCGUGUGGAGCCCGGCUACCCGAGGUCCAUCCUGAGGGACUUCAUGGGCUGCGACGGUCUGCCUGCCGACCCCGACUGGGACUGGAGCCCCCCGGUUGCGGAAGAACGCCACUACGACAACGGUGACGUGGACGUCGUCAUCAAACUGGACAGCACGGGGGGCACAGAGAAAGCAGUGGCCAUCGCCAUCCCCUGCGUCCUGGCGCUGUGCAUGAUGGUCCUCCUCUACACCGUUUUCCAGUUCAGGAGGAAGAGCACACAGCGCCACAUACUGUAUUGCAAGCGCUCCAUGCAGGAGUGGGUGUGAGGGGACUGUUACUGCUCUGUAUAGAGAGGGGUGUGAAGCUCUGAUAAAGGUCUAGUUAUUACUUGAAGCCCUGAGUCCAGUAAUUGGAAGCACUGUAAAGGGUGCAUAAGGAUUGCCAUGUUGGCAGAUUUUAAAACUGCUUGAAUUCAUAACGUGCAAGCUGCAAGGGAGCGAAACGAUCAGCAGAACUCAAAUGAAGACACAGUGAGGGAGCCACAUCCCCUAUGUCCAACUAAUAUGUAUGUAUCUGCUUCGACUUUUUUCUGUAUCUUGGAAUGAACUCAAUUAAGUGAGACAGAGUUAAGCUACUGUAAGUGGGACCUUUGUCUGUCCUCGUCUCUGCACGCCGCUUAAAAAGCCCCCUAGCACUAACUUCAGCGGACAAAUUAGAUAUAGGCUUCUACUUUACUUUCAUUUCUUAAUUAAAUCGCUCUGAGCUGUGCUUUUUUUUAAAUUAAGGGUCCCUAUAAAAGAUUAUUCAUUGUGUGGAGGACUGAUACACAAACCAAAUAUGACCUUUUUUCUUCCAAAGAGGAUUACCGCUCGAUGUUGUUUUGGAUGGGAUCACUUUCCUCCAUGGAUCGAAACAUUGUGGCAUCAUAACUCCAAUUUUUUUUUUCUUUUUUGCCAUCGGUAUUCACAUCCACCCCGUCUGCUCUGUAAUCUGUGGGGAUAUGAAGCAGCCGUUAGUAAAAGCUAGAAAACUCAAGACUGUUGUGGCGGUCUAUCUCCAAAACAGGGGCCAACAACCUCUCUGCAAUAUUUAUGAGACUGCCUUAAUCACGGAUUGCUUAAACUCCCUUCUCUUUCUCUCUGUUUCUCUGGUCUGGAGCCUAGAACACUGGGGUGG